AUGAACUUUUUCGGUGCAAUUUUACAACCGGUCGUGAAUCACGUGAUUCCAGCGCAGCUUCAGAUAUCUUGCCUUGUCGCGAUGAGACGACUUUAUGCCGGGAGUUUGAGUUAUGACACGACUGAAGAAGAAAUCAAAGAGCUUUUCGAAGCUUAUGGAGAAAUCACAUCAUUGACGAUGUCCUAUGAUGUCGAGAAAAAACAUCACAAGGGAUUUGCGUUUGUGGAAUACGCUACUGCCGAAGCUGCUGCUCUCGCAUUGAAAAAACUCAAAGGAGUGACGAUUAAUGAUAGAAGAAUGAAGCUAGGGCGACCUCAAGCUGCGCUGAGAUAUCAAACACUUCUAGCGCAAAUGGAAAUGGAGGGACGAGCAUCAGCGAGGGUUUAUCUCGCGAAUUUGCCGAAAGAAGCUUCGGUCGAAAAGAUUGAGAGCGUUUGCCGCCAAUUUGGAGGAGUCAAAAAUUUGGCCAAGGAUUCGCAGCGAUCUGCUUUUGUCGAAUUUGAUUCCAAAGUUGCUGCAGAGCUGAUUCAAAGAAACGGGCAAAAAAUAACCCUCUGCGGCGAUGAAAUUUCGAUCGGCCAAGUCAUCACUCCCCUUGGUCUUCCCAUCCCCCGAGGAUCCUCAUUUAGCAACACGAGCGCUAGAAAAUCCGCAGCGAAACGAAAACGGACCUGCGAAAGUCGCGAAAAAUCACUUUGCUCAGUUCCAACUUCUGUAAAUAACUGUUCUGCUCCGAAAAAAUAA